AUGGCGCCUCCUUCCUCGCAACCCCCUAGAAACCCAUACCUGCUGCUCUUACCUCCUCCCCCAUUUAUCAUCCUCCCUCCAAACUUCACCUUCCUAGACGUCGGAUGCGGACCAGGCUCAAUCACCACAGAUCUCGCAUCUCGCUUCCCACAAGCCAGAUUCACCGGUGUUGAACCCGGCAAACUGUUUGUUGAUAAAGCCACUACUUUGGCAGAAGAGAGAGGUGUCAGUACUAGAACUAAUUUUGUCAUUGGAGAUGCGGAGAAUUUAGAAGCGGGUUUGGAAAGGGAAUUCGGGACUUUUGAUGUCGGGCUGCGAAAAAGUAAGGGUGGGAUUGUGGCGGCUAGAGAGGCUAUAAGCAAGAACGGCGACUCUUUCUACCCACUGCUUCCGGGCUUUGAAAAAUGGCAGAAGCUCACGAAUUCUAUGGCGGGUGUGCAGCAGGGUGGUUCUCUUCCUGGUUUUGGGUCUAAAUUGUUGGAGGCGGCACUGAAGGCUGGAUGGUCGAGAGAUCAGAUCAAGACGGGUGCUAGUAAUUGGGUAUACAGUGAGCCGGCUGAGAAGAAAUUGUGGGUGGAAAGUAUGGUGGGGAUGUUGGAGAAUCAGGAUAGUGAGUGGUAUAAGAAAGCUGUUGGGGUAGGGGCUACACAAGAAGAACUGCAAGAGAUCGCAGAAGGAUGGAAAGAGUGGGAGAGGAGGGAUGAAAGUUGGAGUGCUUUUGUUAGUGCUGAGCUUGUCUGCCUACAUUGCUAA